GCGGGCUCACGCCGCCGCUGGCGCAGAGAUGCCAUGGCCGGAGAGGCAAGGUCCACAGUCGCGUGCACCACACGGCUCCUGCUCUUCCCGCGUCGCGCCACCCGUCCUAUCCGCCAGCAUCGACCAGGCCCGCUCGAGCGCGCGCGGUGCGUCCAAUGUAGUAUAGCCCCGACGCGGUGGUGCUCCGGAUGGUUCACCCCCUCCCCUCGUCUCUGCAUGCUGCAGUCCCACAUCGGCGGCUGGGCCCGAGUCGAGCGCACGUGCGUAUUAUCCGCCGCGCGAACACACCCUCUUUCACCCGCCCCCGGGUUCCACACCAUCCGUGCUAUUGGUUGCUUGCUCUGACUCUUGCCCGCGUGCAGGACGCUAGUGCGCGGCGCGCAGCAGAUGGCAGGCACCGCGCCGCGCUCUGCGCUGCGCUGCGGGCUGCGGGCAAUACAUGCGGGCCCAGAGCUCACCCUUGCACCACCGAGUAGCACGACAGCAUGUCUAUCACGCGGUCGCGGCAGGAGUCGUGCGGGGCCCCCGGCGCGCGCGCGCGCCCACGGCGGGAGAAGCGGAGACGUGUCAAUUGGAGUCUAUUUCGCGACGAGACAGCAUCUCGCGCAUCUCGCGGAGGGAAAUACUCCAGCACCCCACCUCCCAGCCCUCUUCGUGUCUAGGGCUCAGAGAGGGGACGCGUGCCGAGGAGCCGUCCGCUGAGCCAUCUGCGCGCUGGGUCUCAUGUCCGUAUUUCCGUAUUGGCCCAGACGACCCUCGUGGGCUGGGCCGGCCAACUACCGUCGCGUCUCGCGAUUGU